ACUAUCACGAACUGUUUUUAUCACGAACAUAAAAAUAUUCAUCCUUAUGUUUUGUUUAUCUUUUUAUGUGGAUAAUUUGACAAGCAAUGCAAAUAACGUAUUGAAAUAAAGCACCACAAAGAUGAAAAGGCAGCUCAGAUAUUGCUUGAUUUUGUUCAACGCUGUAAGAUGGUUUAGAAAAUAAAACAAAUAUGAUUUGCUUACAAUUUUGGUACAGGUCUGAAAUGGCGCACAAAUAACUGCACUUAUACCUAAUCUUAUAGCUACGCCAUUAUCAGAAACAUUCAUUUUAUCAGCAAAGCAAUUUCUCUCAAGUGAAAUAGACAAUACAAUCCUACCAUCGUCCUGAAAAUCAUACUAACAAAAAUAAAAUGCCCGAUCAGCCUAUAACCGACAAGGAACCAACAAGACUGAGUGCUCGCGAAUAUAACUCACCGGAAUCAACAUUUCGACAAGCCGCUGAUAGAAAACGGGGCCCGAAGCUGGGCAAAUGUGAGCCGUACAGACCCGAUCCUGUUGGCCCGAGGCCAGUCGCCACCUUCGUCCGAUUUGCACCUACUUCCUGUUUCGACCAUGAAUGCAUCAAAGUUGACAGAGAAAAUAGUACGGUGGAUAUCGAAUGCGGGGCUGCCAACGGGAAGCUUCUGUGCUCCAAGAAGGGAUUCAAGGCUCCGUCUACCACUCUAAAUCGCAAGUUUUUAUCAUUUGGUGCCGAUAUGGUUUUUCUCAACGCCAGCCAAGAUUAUCUUUUUACGCAUACAAUGGAGGACAUGGUCGACAAGGCUCUGAACGGCUUCAGCGGUACGAUGAUGGCCUGCGGUCCGGUGGCCGCCGGGAAGACGUACACACUGUUCUCGCCCGGAGAGAGGUACCCGUACCGGGGCCUGGUGGCACGCACCAUUGAGCGAGUGUUCAAGACGCUAAGCGAAUGGGACGAACGGACAGCGGCCGUCACCAUCUCCUUCAUCGAGAUCGUCGGAGAGAACGUCUAUGACCUGCUCUCGCCCAAGAAAAAACCCAUCACCAUCGUGGAUAAUGGGAAAACGUUUGAACUGAAGGGCAUGACCCGUCUGCGCGUCAUCACCGCGGAGCUGGCGCUGACUGCUCUGUUCCGGGGCUGUGCACUGCGUACCAGCCACCCACACCCGAGGAACGCGCGGGGCAGCUCCACCGGCCACGCGCUGCUCAGUGUGGGCAUCGAGUCCCGCAGCCUGGUGGAGACGGAGCCGUUCGAUAGACACGGCGAGCUGUCGUUCGUGGACCUGGCCGGGUUCGAGAAGAUACGUAGCUGGGAGUCGGGAACCGAUCGGCCCGGGCCGGGGGUGCUGGUCGACGUCAACAAGUCCAUGACCUUCCUCGAACAGUUGAUUAUGUCCAUGGCCGACAACCGCUCCUACAUGCCGGUGCGAGUGUCCAAGCUGACUCACAUUCUUCGCUCCAAAAUUGGAAAUCAACGAGACACAAGACUGGUGGCCUGUGUCAGUGGUGAGCAGGGUCACCUGGCGGAGACUCUGGCCACCCUGAGGUUCGCUGUGCGUCUGCGAGGGGUCAUCUGCGCACCCAAACAGGAGGUCAUCGACGACCCGACGCUGCUGCUCUCCAAACUCAAGAAGGACCUGACGUGCUUGCGUCAGGAGCUGGACAUGCAGGAUAUGAUGGCUCGCAGGGCGCCCAAGAUGCACGGUGACCUCUCGCACCAGGAGCGGGCUCUGGUGCAGGACCAGGUGGAGCUCUACCUGGACGGAAAACUCGAGCAGCUCCAGGUCGUCAGCGUCAAACAGAUCGAGGCCGUGCUCGAAGCGGUGAAGACGACCCAGGCGCGCCGCGAGACGACUCUCCGCGAGCAGCUGACUGCCGAGCUACAGCAGCAGAUGCAGCAGCAGCUGCAGCAGCUGCAGCAGCAGCUAACGGCUGGCCCGCAGCCGGUGGCGGCCUCCGACCCGCGGCCCAGCGUGCCCGCCCACGGGAGGGAGCGCGGCAGCAAGCGGCGGCCGAGCCGGGGCCGCGUCGGCCGCGGCGAGACCGACGACGAUCGCAGCACGCCCGGCGACCGCAGCCGACGCGACGAGCGCACGCCCGGCGCUGCCUCUGCCGACCAGAGCGGGCCCGGGUUCGGGGUCGGCGUGGCCGACGGCCGGCCGAACGCAGCCGCCGUGGCCAUGUCGAGCCGUGGCCGGGGGAGGGGUGCGGGCGGCCGGGCGGCGGCCAGCUCCUCUCCACCAGCCAGCGUGGCCGAGGAGCCCGUCGAGGAGGCCGAGGUACCCCCGCCGACCGACACGGCGCCGGCCACCAGCCAGGAGGCGCUCCGCCAGCUGCUGGAGGCGGACGGCGGUCAGCUGCAGGCGGAGCUGGACCGCGCGCAGGGCGCCGUCGCAGAGCGUCACCAGCUGUACGCGGCGGCGUCCCGGCAGCUGUGCGAGCUGCGCUGCCAGCACAGCAGCCUGAUGGCCGAGCUGCAGCUGCUGCAGGCCGAGAGACACGUCCAGGGCGAGCGCUACGACGCCGAGGAUAACCUGGUGCUGAGCGCUGAGGAGCGGCAGCUGACGGGCCGGCUGCGGCGGCUGUCCGCGCAGCUGGCCGACUGCCAGGACAGCCAGCUGACGCUGCGCCGGGAGCUGGUUGAGGCGCAGCGGCAGCUGACCGAGCGGCGCGCCGCGCUGGCCGCAGCGCUGGCCGACUUCCGUCUGCGCCACAACGUGGUGCCGGAGGAGCAGGGCGCGGCGGGAGCGGCCAGGGUCUCCAGUGACACGGCCGCCUCGGCUGGAGUGCAGCACCCACCCGGAGCUGAGCCCGGCGCACCCGGUAUCUACUACACCGCCCAGAAACGAGCGCGCGCCCAGCUACGGCGCUCGCGCUGCGCAAAGUAACCGAUACUCACCCCGUUUGGAUUAACAGCUGCUACACUGGAAAAUUUGUCCGUCUCCUUCUGUCCUUUUGUCCCUCAAGUGUAGCAUGCAGUCAAUCACUCUUCAUCCGCUCAACUUGCUAAUCUAUCUGAAGUGGCCCGUUUCAUCAAUCUCGUGGUAAGCAUUUGUAAAUGCCUGUUUGGCUGGCCCCUUAUGUCCGAGAGGAAUCCGUCAGACAUGACAGCCGUGUCCUCUUGCGGGCAGCGGUAGCUUCUGAUGGAUCUGAUACCACUAACUAGCCUCUCAGAAUACCGAUAUACGAGCGAUAAACUCCUAUCGAAAUCGACUACUGAGUCGUGUAACCACCGAGCCUCUAAUACAUGCCAACGAAGA